AUGCCUACUGCAUAUGAAGAGUUCUUAAAGGGGAAUUUUCUGUGCAAUCCGAAGUUCCUUAUACAGUCGUACUUCUUUGAGUAUAUAGACAGUGUGGAGAUGUAUGAAGAGUUUGUAAGAGCGGUGUAUGAAUUAAUUACUGAACAAAUAUCAAACAAAGAUGAGAAGAAGAGUGAGAGUGUAUGUAUGGAGACAGGAAAGAAAGCACAGGAGGUGUUUGACAGUCUAUUCAUUAAACAGGACUCCGCCGAGCUGCCUAGCAAAGUGGAAUAUAUUAAGCAUUUUAGAUUGGUUGAACAUAAAUUGAAUGAUGAACUACAACCGAUGCCAUAUUUUGAGAAAAAAAUAUAUUAUGUUAAUUACUAA